AUGGCGGACAAGAGUUCAGAAGAAGAGAUUGCACGUCUUAAAGACGAGCUCAAUGAAGCGAUCCAGUCGAGGGAACAGAAAAUGGAAAAGGAGCGAGGUGUCAUGCGAGGACUUGUGGAAAAGAUCAGGACCUUGACAGAAGAACGAGACGAAUGGACACAAAAGUACAAUGAUGCAGUACAGCAAUCCGGUCAACAGGAGAAUGGGACAAAGCAAGUGGCAUCACUCAAGAACCAAGUCGAAGAAUUGUUGUUGGAGAAGGAAGAGUCCAAAAAGAGCUUGUUGCACUUUAUGAAGAAAGCUGACGAAGCUGAACGAGCACUCGCUGAUGCUACAACCAGUCAACAACAGCCGGAUCAGGUGGCAGCAUUGCAGAGCAAAGUGGAUACUUUGGAAGCAUCGAUCAAAGAGGCAACCACCGAGCAUGAGCGUAUCUUGCAGGAGGAGAAAGAGAAAUUGAUCAGCCAACACGAGCAUACUUUGGAGGAUGAGAAGAAGAAAUGGACAACCGAGCAUGAGCGUAUCUUGCAGGAGGAGAAAGAGAAAUUGAUCAGCCAACACGAGCAUACUUUGGAAGAUGAGAAGAAGAAAUGGACAACCGAGCAUGAGCGUAUCUUGCAAGAGGAGAAGGAUAAAUUGACAGCAAAGAUGGAUCAACUCAUUGCCGAGCAUUCAGAACGUCUUAGUCAACUUGAUCAGGCAGCUGCAUCCACCGUUGACCAUCAACAACAAUUAAACGAAGCGCGUGACACCAUUCAAUCAUUGGAACAAAAGUUGAAGGAUAAAGAGGAAUCAGUCAAAGUCGCCAAAGAUAUGCUACACGAGCGUGAUAUGGAAUUGGAUACUGCACGUAAACAAGUCGAUACAUUGCGUGCGUCACAAAGCGAAUUGGAAGACAAGUCAAAAAAGUACGUCAAUGUAUUGAGCAAGACCAAGAAGCAGAUUUUGAAAUUGGAAAAGGAAAAAGCAGAUGCGGUUGAGGAGAUGAAUACCAUUCGAGAGCAGCUUUCUACAGCAGAAUCAUCCAACGACACACUCAAAGAGAACAUCAAACGAUUGGAGACCAACGUGAGCCAGCUGGAGGAUGAUGUCAAUAAGCUGAAUGGGAGAUUACACUCGAAUGAAUCCGAAAUGACAAUUCUACGCAAGGAACGUAAAGAAGCUGUGGAUGCCAAGAACAAGAUGUUCGAUGAAUUACAAAUCAAGCAGGCCGAAUUCGAGAGCUCACAAAACUUGGCAGAGUCUUUACAACAUCGGUUGACCGAGAGUGAGCGACAGCUGAAGGAAGUCAAUGAGCGUAUGACAGCAAUGGAAGAAUAUCAAAGCAUGGUUGAGGAAUUGAGAAGGGAAUUGGAUGACAACAAGAAACGAUUUACCAAGGAGAAGGAAAAGUGGGCAACAGAGUUGGAUGAUUGCAAGUCGCAGUUACAGAGCGCCAAAGCCAAUGGUGAUUCAGCACAUUCAAAGGUUGAGGAAUUGAAUCAGCAAAUCAAGUCUCUCAAUGAUGAACUCAACGCUGUACGUGAUGAUUUGAAUGUCAAGACCAAAGGACUUCAAGUAUUGGAAGGAGACAAGGAAGCAUUACUGGAACGCAUUGAUGAUUUGGAAGCUGAUUUGGAAAAGAGCGUACAAGAUCGAGAUGAUGCACAAGAUGCAAUGAAAAAGCUCGAGGAAAAGGUCCAGAACCUCGAACAGGCCAAGAAUACCCAUGAUAAAGAGCUGGAAUCUCUACGGGUGCGUGAAGGACAUUUGAAGACAUUGAACAAGACUCUCAAAGACGAAGUACGCAAGCUUUCAAAGAAUGUGUUAGCCGAAUCACAGCAGCAGCUACAACAGCAGCAGCAGCAGCAGCAACAACAACAGCAAGCUUCUAGAAGCAGUAGUCCUGCUGAACCAUCAUCACCUGCUCCUGCACCAGCCGUCAAGACCAAAGAAGACGAGAUCAAUCUUGAAUACCUUAGAAAUGUUAUACUAAAAUUCCUUGAGAAUAAGCCAACACGCGCACAAUUGAUCCCUGUAUUAACAAUGAUGUUAAAAUUCAGCCCCGAAGAGAUCCGGCGAUUGCAAGCCAAAGCAUAG